AUGGGAAUUUUAAACAUAAGUGAGCAGUCACUCUUGGUCCAGGCAAUAAUCAGCCAGAAUGCAGAAAUGGUGACAUUUUUAUUGGAACAAAAGGAAGAAGUCAAUGAACUGGAUGAAGUGUGUCACACUGCCCUGCAUGCUGCAGCAUGUGUGGGUGAUGUUCAUAUCAUGGACCUCCUCAUCAGUUCAGGUGCUAAUGUGAAUGCUAAAGAUCAGGAAUGGCUGACUCCUCUGCAUCGAGCAGCUGCCUUACAGAAAGAGAGGGCCGUUGUGCUGCUGUUGAGACAGGGGGCAGAGGUGAAUGCGCAGGACAGGCUCUUGCAGAAACCGCUACAUGUCGCUGCAGCCAACAGAGCAACAGAAUGUGUUGAUGUUCUGGUUUCUUACUUGAGCAGUCUGAAUGAAGCAGAUUUAUUUGGCAGAACAGCUUUACAUCAUGCAGCCCACAGUGGACAUACAGAGACAGUGACCCUGCUCAUACAUAAAGGGGCCAACCUGAGUGCCAAAGACUUAAAGGACAGACAGCCUAUUCAUUUGGCUGCUUAUCUAGGACAUCUGGAGGUUGUGAUGCUCUUCGUAUCGUGUGGUGCUGAUGUAUCCUGCAGGGUUAUGGAUGGUUUUACUCCUCUACAUGUGGCUGCUUUUAGUGGACACACUGAAUUGGUGCAGUACCUUCUGAGACACGAGGCAGAGAUUGACAAAGCUGAUGUGUUUGUUAACACUGCACCUCAGAUGGUUUGUUACACUGGGCAAGAGACUGCAGCCAGUGAGCUGGUCAACUGUGGUGCCAUUGUUAACCAGACAAACAUGUGUGGCUGCACACUACUGCACCUGCCUGCUGUCUCCACUGAUGGAGUGCUGUGUUUCAAGCAGCUGAUCAAUAACGGGACAGAUGUCAACAUGCAGAAUAUAGAAGGCAAGAAACCUUUGCAUAUGACUGCCAUGCAUGGGCGAUUCACCUGUUCCCAGAUACUCAUUAAAAAUGAUGCAGAGGUGGAAUGUGCUGAUGAAUAUAUUUAUACUCCUCUUCACGUUGAUGCUAAACAUGGUCAAGAGCUGCUUGUUAGUACUCGCAUGCAGGGCAUUAAUGGGAUGUGUCCACUGCACUUGGCAGUGCUUUACGGAUUUUCAGACUGUUGUCACAAGUUACUUUCGUCAGGGUUUGAUAUAAACACUGCAGACAGCCUGGGAAGGACAUGUUUGCAUAUAGCUGCUUCAGUAGGAAAUGUUGAAUGUCUUAAAUUGCUGUUAAGCAAAGGUGCCAAUUUGAGUAAAAAGGACAAAUUUGGAAGGUCUGCUUUGCACUAUGCAUCAGUGAAUGGCUGGUGUCUGUGUACAGUAGCUCUGGUGAAAGCUGGAGUAGAUGUUAAUGAAGUGGAUUUGAAUGGAUGCAGUGUCGUGCACUAUGCAGCUGCCACUCAGACAUCACACAGGUAUUUAGAGUUUCUGUUGGAUAAUGCUGCUGAUCCAGCACUGCGUGACAGUAAAGGAUUUAGUGCUGUUCACUAUGCAGCUGCCCAUGGCAACAAGCACAACCUAAAACUGCUCUUAGAGAAUUCUUUCAAAUGUGUGGAAGAAGUGGAGAGCUGUGUGCCCGUGGGUCCUUUACACUUGGCUGCAUAUAAUGGUCACAGUGAAGCUCUUAAGGUGUUGUUAGAGACGCUGGUGAAUGUAGAUGUGCAAGACUCUGGGGCUCACACAGCUCUGUAUGUGGCCUCUUUGAGAGGUCACAGCGCUUGUGUGGAGGUGCUGCUGGUCCACGGGGGCUCGUACUGCAUGAGGGAACACAGCCGCAGAUGGACACCUCUACAUGCUGCAGCAGCCAAUGGACAAACCGACUGCCUGCUCAUGCUGUUAAAAAAAAAUAAAAAAACUGACAUCAACCUCAUGGACGUACAGGGACAGACUCCACUGAUGUUGGCUACACUUGGCUGUCACAUUGACUGUGUCCACAUGCUGCUUGAAAGAGGAAGUAAUCCAGACACUGGAGACAAAAGAAGCUGCACUGCACUACAUUGGGCAGCAAUAAUUGGUAGUGAAGAGUGUGUCUUGGCUCUUCUGGUUCAUGGAGCUUUCGUCCUGUGCAGGGACGUUCAUGGCAGAAGCCCUUUGCAUUUGGCUGCCUCUUGUGGUCAUGAAGGGUUACUGCGGCACUUACUGGAGGCAGCAUCUGUCUCAGACCCACUUGACUCUCUGCUGGACUACACUGGCUACACACCUGUUCACUGGGCAGCUUACCAUGGGCACAAAGACUGUUUGGAAGUUUUACUUGAAUAUAACAAAUCAAGCAUCUGGGAAGGAAAUUCAUUCACACCAUUACAUUGUGCACUAAUUAAUGGUCAUUAUGGAGGUGCAGAAUUGAUGGUUGAAACUAUGGCAACAAUCAUUAACCUCAGAGAUGCUAAAGGAAGGACUCCACUGCAUGCAGCUGCUUAUGCGGGAAAUGUCGCAACACUGCAGUUGGCAUUGACCUCCAGCUCAGAUGUGAACUUAGUUGAUUGUACAGGACACACUGCAAUAAUGGUUGCUGCUGAAAAUGGCCAUACCUCUGCUGUUGAUGUGUUGCUUCAUCAGGCCAGAACAAACUUGUCAUUGAUGGACAUCAACAGAAAUACAGCACUUCAUAUUGCCUGUAGAAGGGGCCAUGAAAUGUGCGCUCUUCUCAUUCUGGCUGAGAUUGACCAGCCCUUACUCAUCAACACAUUAAACAGUGCACUACAGAUGCCGCUGCAUUUAGCAGCAAGAAAUGGUCUUGUCACUGUGGUUGAGGUUCUGCUGACUCGAGGUGCAACAAUUCUGACUGAAGAUAGGAAUGGUCAUACUCCAGCAUUGGCAUGUGCUCCCAAUAAAGAUGUGGCAGACUGUUUGGCUCUCAUCAUUUCCACCAUGAAGCCUUUUUCUGCUAAACCCUCUACUGGCAGCAGCUGUGGCCUUAGUCUGAAGAAGCACUUUAGCAUUGCUGCAUCCCAUCGGCCUAAUAGUACCCUACAGCAUACAGCCUAUUUGACUUAUACAGAGGAACUAUAA